AUGACAUGCAGAAGUACUUUAGAGGAGAUCCUUCCAAAGGAUCCUGAUUGCGAUCCUGAUCAUCCCAAGAAGAUCACCUUUGCCGAAAUCUCCAGUGCUGCAUUCAACGUCAAAGAUGGCGUCAUACGAACUCCCUGUGCUAAAUCGCCAAAUCUAUCAAAAAUGCUUGGUAUGGAAUUGUACUUCAAGAAGGAAUACCUUCAAGUGACUGGUUCAUUCAAAGAACGUGGAGCUCGUAACGCUUUGAUGCAACUGAGCCCUGAGGAAAAGAAAGUCGGAGUUAUAGCGGCUAGUGCCGGUAAUCAUGCACUUGCUCUAUGUUACCAUGGUCAGCAGCUGAACAUUCCGGUGACAGUAGUGAUGCCUGUAUUCGCUCCACUGAUGAAAAUCGGGAUGUGCCGUUCAUUUGGAGCAACAAUUAUUCUGAAAGGAGAUGACAUUGGCAUGGCAAAAGAUCAUGCAAUGAGAUUAGUGAAAGAAAAGAAGUACAAGUACAUCAACGGCUACGAUCAUCCAAAUAUUCUAGCUGGGGCAGGCACGAUCGGAUUGGAGAUUCUGGAACAGGUCCCCGACGUGGACGCCAUCCUCAUUCCGGUUGGUGGUGCUGGUCUCAUUGCCGGUAUUGCUGUCGCUGUGAAGAAACUCAAGCCUCAAGUUGAAAUUAUUGGUGUCGAGUCAGAUACGUGUCCGUCGUUCCAAGCCGCACUCAAAGCUGGAAAGCCAGUUAAGGUGAACAUACGAAGCACCCUGGCAGACGGUCUUGCUGUACCAUGUGUUGGCGUAAACGCUCUGUACACUGUGCAAGGCCUGUUCGAUCGUCAUGUAGUGAUAUCAGAAGAGGAAACGGCUCUCAGUAUCCUAAGGCUUGCAGUUGUGGAAGGUGGUGGUGCUGUAGGACUGGCAGCUCUGAUGACUGGCAAACUUCCAGGACUUGAAGGAAAGAAAGUCGUAUCGUUACUUACUGGUGGAAAUAUCGACACAACUGUACUGGGCCGUACAAUCGACAGAGGUUUAGCUGUCGACGGUCGCCUAAUUCGACUGGAAGUACUGGUAUCGGAUCGACCUGGAGGUAUUGCCGAACUGGCCACUAGGAUCGCCCAUAUGGGAGCAAGUAUCAAGGACAUUUUCCACGAACGUGCAUGGAUUUCAACUGAUGUGUUCUCUGUGAAGGCCAGUCAAAGUAGUCGUUGA